AGCACGGGGGGAGAAGGGUGUGACUUUAGCGAGGGCAGCGAGGACAGCGAGGAUCUGGCAUCAACUCGAUACGAUUCGCCGAGCCCCCUCCCGAUUUUCGUCGCCCGUUCGCAAUCGCUCAGCCCUGCCGUUGUCCCGCCCGUUGUCCACGCCUCGUUGAACACCGAUGACGAUGUCACCGCCCGCCACGGCUGGCCAAAGCAACGACCCGACCCCCCCGCCAAGAGGUCGCUCACCGCCUGCUUCGCGCACCGCCACCUGCCUCCGCCGCCCGACGCCAAACCUGCCUCUCCGAUUCUCCGUCGAGUGAUUACCCUGCCCUUGGCUUGGGCGGAGAUGAGGACGUCGCCGACCAACGACUUCGAGGAGGUCCUCGCGGCUACCAGCUCUCUCUCCCCCUCGUCCUCGAGGAGGUCCUCGCUCUCCUCGUCACCGCUCGGACAGGUGCGCGGCGUUAGGCCCAGUUCCAGUUCGGACCUGGAGCAGGUCGCCGUCCGAACCGGUUUCCGCCGCAAUGUCUCCUUUGGCGAGGGCGUCGAGCUCGAGAGCACCUUCCUCGUUCCGGAUACUCACUACUCCUCGCAGAGCUUGAGCCGCGCCUAUGGCGAGCCUUCCUCGUCGUCCGACAGCAUGGUCGGCAAAUUCCUCACCGUCAUAGGCGUUGUGCCAUAAGAGAGCACAAGCCAUUUUGGCACAUGCAUGCCCAUGGCCAUACCGCAUACGCGCUGUAGAUCAUGCAAUUGCUUGUAGACUUGUCGUGGAGGCGCGAAUCCAUGUGGGCGCGAGAGAGCAGCAAUAAAAAGAAUUUCGUGCGCC